UAUUACUAUGAUUCUAUGAUGAAUAAAUAGUAAGUAAAUAUAUUUUCUCAUAUCGUGUCAAGCUUCAACGAGAGAUGGCAGGAAUUCUAACAAGUUUAUGUUUUUUACUGCUGCUGUGUUACACCUUAAAAGCAUUAAUCCUAAGGCUGCCAGAAUGUAACAAAUUUGAUGCUGCAUGGACGGAAUUUUAUUAUGAUGAAAUUCUAAAAGGAAGCAAACAUUCUCUUGUGUCAGAUCACACCAUGGAGCAAUGUUUAAAGAAGUGUAUGCUGUAUCCAAAAUGCAAAAGCGUUAGCAUAAAAGAAAAUGAAAAAUUAUGCAUGUUGCAUCACAGCCGGCAUGGUGACGAGGGAGUUGCAUUAGAAAUAGCGGAAGGUUGGACUCACAUUGAAACGGAUGACACGGUGCAAAACUUUGGUCCUUACUGCAAUGCCAAUAAACCAUGCGAACAUGGCAUAUGCGUUGAUACAUGCGAUGGAGAGCAAUACGAAUGCCACUUCGAAAAUAAGUAUACAAGCAACAGCACAAACUUCACAGAAGUAACAUCAUCUACAGGCAGUAGCAGUACGUCAAGAAGAAGAUCGUCAAGAAGAAGAAGAAGGCGAUGGUGGAAAUAGAAACAAUUUGGAAAAUGGUAGUUCCGAAUAUUAAAAGAACAUGAAAGAUCAGCAAACAAACCCCGCUGCACAUUUAUGCAAUUAGUUUUUUGUUCAACCUUGUUCCCAGUGUGUUUUGCCUCUGUUGAUGAAGUUGAUAGCGGCAAAAAUUGUUGUCCACUCCGAAAUAACGGCUCAGGGGCCACAAGACCCUGGAUACGAGGUUGUUUUUUGCUUACUUUUGCUAUGUAUUUUUGAUAUUAUUUGUUAGCACCGACCCUCCUCCUCUUUUUGACUUGUUUUUCGAGGUAUAUGUGUAUGUCUAAGGUAUGUCACACGCCACGGAUGGUUACAAAAUGUUUAAUUGGUCCUGUGAUACCAAAAAGGGACGUGUACUUGCGGAAGUCUAUGCCUGCGUCCGAAUUUGAAUUAUCUAACCUAGUAGCCAACAUCCAACCUUUUUUUCUGAUCUAUCCUCAAAAAGCAUAUCGGAUUUAUCAUAUAGUUUUUCUCUUCUCGUUGAGCUACUAUUCUACAGCUGAAAAACAUAUUUUUUGAUAGUAUCUCAUGUUCUUAAAAAAUUGUUCUUAAAAAGCGUGUAUGUUACUAGGACAGUGUACAAAAAAACAUGCUUAUCCGUUCAUUUUUUUGGUCCUUACGUGCGUUUUUAAGAUAAUAUUAUGUUAUUUAAAUAUUUUUAAAAAAAUUUUUUUUUCAAAACAUCAAACAAUCUUAAGGCCAAUCUCCACGGGACGAAUUUUACGACGAUCGUCAUCAAAAUACUGGAAUUUGAUUGGUCGCGAUUUCCGUCAUGCAUGGCGAAAAGUUGAAUUGGUUUCUACUUUUUGUCUCAAAAAUCGUCCAGUGGAGAUUCGGCUUUAGGCCGGAAAAGUCUCUUUUUGACAUUCUUUGGAGAUAAAAUUUUGGAUUUUUUUGUAGAACAAACCAUGGUCUGUCUUUGCUAGGGCCCUUUAACACAUCCUCUGCUGACUCGACAACCCUUAAACAGACAUCUUGGUAUGAAGUUGAUUAUGUCCUAAUGUUCAAUCUUGCUCCACGAUGUGUGAAGUAUGUUACUACUAGAAAAAAGUGUAUGACCAACCUUGUUCCCAACGCCUGUUGUCUCUUUUUACAUGUUCUUCGUCUCUGCUGUCAAAAUCAAAAAGAGACAAAAGGCGCUGAGGAACGAGGUCGUUCGUGUAUGGUGGCCCUCGUAUUUUUAACCACGUUGUUUUAUCAUUGUCUAGUUUUAACUUACGUCUUACUAGAAAAUGUAUUAAUAAACUAAAAAACAAUGGAAAUAUGUAGUUAUUCAGAAAA